AAUGAUUUCAAUUUAAAGGAAAGACCCAAGGCUCCUUUCUCCUGUUCUCUCACCACUCUCCUUUUGUCUUUUGAUCAAGAAGAAGAUGGGUAGAAAUCUGGGUUUGUUGCUGGGCUUCUGUAGCAUCCUUGUUGGUGUAGCAGUUGCAGACUGGAACAUCUUGAACCAGAGGAUAAUGAAGAACAAUAAUGGGUUGAAGAUAUCCCUCAAGAACUACUGUGAAGCUUGGAGAUUGAAUGUGGAGCUUCACAACAUCCGUAAAUUCGAGUUUGUUCCAGAAGAAUGCACAGAUUUCAUCGGCAAAGACAUGAGCUCCACUCAGUUCAAGGUGGAUUCUCAGAUAGCAAUUGAACAAUGCACCAUCUAUCUCAGCACCACCUUUAAGUUGACUGGUGAUGGCAAGGAUGCCUGGGUUUUUGAUGUCGAUGAUACCCUCCUCUCCACUGUUCCUUACUUCAAGGAGCACCGUAAUGGAGGGGAAAAGUUUAACAUUACCUCCUUUGAAAAGUGGGUGUGGGAGGGGAACGCUCCAGCUCUUGAGCACACAAUGAACCUCUUCAAUGAGAUAAAAGGGAGAGGGCUGAAGAUCUUCUUAAUCUCUUCAAGGGGAGAACACCUCAGAGAUCCCACAACUGACAAUCUCUUUAAGGUUGGUUACACAGGGUGGUCUGGUCUCAUACUGAGGAGUUAUGGGGAGAAUGGCUUGACAGUGGAACAGUACAAUACGGAGCAAAGGAAGAAGCUGAUCAGUGAGGGCUAUCGUAUAUGGGGAAUGGUUGGAUCACAGUGGCCAGGCCUUUUGGGACUUCCUACUGCCAUGAGAACAUUUAAGCUUCCCAAUUCCUUAUACUACAUUCCCUGAAUGGCUCCUCCACUCAUUUCUUCCAAACCCUUUUUACCUUCUUUUUUUAAAAUAAAUUUCUUCCAUACCCACCCCACCAUUUUGUUUGAUUUGGAUGUGAAACUUCUUUAAUUUGGACAUUUGUUUCAAAUAUAACCUUCACUAUUGAUCACUAUUUUCAUUUUAA